CGCUCGCUCACACAAAGCCCGCUUCCUAACUAACCUUUGCUCUCCACCUUUGUUUCCAACCUUUGUUUCUUGUCUUGUAGAGUUUUAGCUCUUUGUAAUAAGUUGGAAAGGCCAAGCGCGCUGCUGUUUAUUGAGUAGACACAGCGUCGCACAUUCGGGGGACACACAUUCGCUGAUCGUACAUGGAGAUUUCACCAUAACCAUCAGUACAUGUACUGACCACCUUCGACGACCCCUCUAUCGAGAAAUCCCUCCCUAUUCGAGCACACAUACCGCAUUCGUUACUAUGGCUGCCACCCCGGCAGGAGCGAUGCUCCCCCGGGCCACGGAGGAGAAUUUAGAAGACAAGUUCUUGAAGUUGAUAAGCGAUCCCUUUGGAGCUCAGCUUGCGCAAGACUCUAUCAUUGCAGCUGUGACGACCUCGUUCGUCAUCUUCGGUGCCAUUUUCCUCGCCUUCGUCCUCCUCCAACCCUACAACCAAACUGUAUACGCUCCACGCCUAAAGCACGCCGAUGAAAAACACAAGCCCCCAUCUCUCCCCAAGAAGCCAUUGGGCUGGUGGAAUGCCGUCUUCCGCACAAACGAGGACUUCUACGUUGAGAAAAUCGGUAUGGAUGCAGCAAUCUUCCUGCGUUUUGCCAAGAUGUGCCGCAAUAUCUUCUGCGUGCUGUCGGUUGUCGGCUGUGCUAUCUUGAUCCCUGUGAAUAUAACACAGUCGACGAAAUUCUCCAAGGACGGCGGAUUCAAGAAGUCUGCCAUCAUUAUCUCCAUGACGCCGAAGGAUCUUUUCGGUCACAUCUGGUGGGCCUUUGUGGCUGUCGCGUGGGUGUUCGACGUCAUCAUUUGCGGCUUCUUGUGGUGGAAUUAUCGCGCCGUUCAUAGGCUCAGGAGGAGAUAUUUGGAUACUCCAGAGUAUCAGACCAGUCUGCACUCGAGAACGUUGAUGAUUACAGACAUUCCCCGGAGUCUUCGAAGCGAUCAGGGCCUCGUGGACAUCACCGAUAAGUUGCGAACUACCCCUGAAGUCCCCCGCGCGUCAAUUGGCAGGAAUGUCAAGGAUAUUCCAGAUCUUAUCGAAGAGCAUGAGGAAGCCGUUAUUGAACUUGAAAAAGUCUUGGCAAAGUACCUCAAGAACCCCAACCAACUCCCCGCAGACCGACCACUGUGCAAGCCAUCCAAAAAGGACCCUGAAUACACCAACAAGAAUGAAAAAGUUGACGCUAUUACCUAUCUCACAGCUCGAAUUGAGCGCUUGGAAUCCCAGAUUAAAGGAGUUCGGGAGACGGUGGAUAAACGAGAUGCAAUGCCGUACGGAUUUGCAAGCUAUGAGACCCUCGAAUCAGCACAUAGCGUUGCAUUUGCCGCGAAGAACAAGCAUCCGAAAGGGACUUCCGUCCAGUUGGCUCCCCGACCAAAUGACUUGAUCUGGAAGAACUUGCCAAUAGACGCAAAGGCCCGCCGAUGGAGGCGAUUCAUCAACAAUCUCUGGAUUACUCUACUCACCGUCCUGUACUUCAUUCCCAACGCCCUCAUUGCUGUCUUUUUAGCCCAGCUCAACAAUCUCGCAUUCAUUUGGCCACAAUUCGGGGACCAGAUGCAGAAAAACCCCAAGUUUUGGGCUAUCGUUCAAGGUAUCGCAGCACCUGCACUUACCUCCCUCUUCUACUACUUCCUUCCUAUCAUCUUCCGACGUCUCUCGGUCCAGGCAGGUGACUUUACCAAGACCGCGAGGGAGCGACACGUCAUCCACCAGCUUUACGCCUUCUUCGUUUUCAACAAUCUUUUCGUCUUCUCUCUCUUCGCUGCCGCUUUCGCCUUUGUCUCAGCAAUGAUAAAAGCAACGCGAGACCAGGGCAAAUCCUUCAAGGACGCGGUUGACGACUAUCAUCCAUUCGUGCAGAUCAUGAUUUCUUUGUGCACUGUUUCGCCAUUCUGGGUUACGUGGCUGCUUCAACGCAACUUGGGUGCUGCUAUCGACUUGUCUCAGGUGGUCAAUCUUGCGUGGGGGUCUUUCUCUCGCAAAUUUCUCAAUCCAACGCCUCGUGAGCUUAUCAAGAGAACUGCUCCGCCGCCAUUCGACUAUGCGAGCUACUACAACUACUUCUUGUUCUAUUCGACGGUGGCUCUCUGCUUUGCAGCACUUCAACCCAUCUGUUUGGUCGUCACAGCGGUAUACUUUGUCCUCGAUGCGUGGAUGAAGAAGUAUCUGCUACUGUACGUCUUCUGCACAAAGACCGAAUCAGGAGGUCUCUACUGGCGCGUCCUCUUCAACCGCUUCCUUGUCGGCGCCUUGAUGUCCAACUGCUUGAUAGCCCUCAUGGUUGGUGCCCGUGGCGAUCAGCCUAUCGCCAUGCUCUGCGCCAUGGCUCCUCUCCCUAUCCUCCUCCUCGGUUUCAAAUACUACUGCAAGAUCACAUUCGACAACUCCAUGCGCUACUACGUCAAAGGCGAAAGCAUCAAGGGCUCCGAAGCACCCGCUCCCAUUGACAAGGAAUCCCGCCGUCGCGACCGCGUCGCAGUGCGCUUCGGCCACCCGGCACUUUACCAAAAACUAACCGUCCCAAUGGUGCACGAAAAGAGCAAACACCUCCUCGCUGAAGUGUACCGAGGUCGGCUAGACGGAGAUCUCGGCGCCACCGCUGGCUACAGCGACGUCUAUUCCAUGAAGCGUAUGAGCAAAGAAACCCCCGGGAAAACGGCUGCAGCACCCGCCCCCUUCGAAUUCGUCUCCGAAUCCAACAUGGACUUCGAGAACUUCAAAGACCGCCCUGAAUUCAGCGCUGAGCACGGCGGCGACGGAUCUGUCUAUGGCGCACACAUCUCCCGUCCCGGAACCCCUGCUUCGACAGUGGGUGGAGGUUCUGAGCGCGGGCGAUCGAGUUCUCGAGACUCGGAAAGAACGGUCGGUGAUGAUGGGACGGGUGUGGGCGUAACGUAUCCAGCGGGAUAUCAUUCUACGCCGUCCGGGUUGCGGGAGUAUAGUCCAAGUCCAGAUCAUAGGGUUGGGUUUGGACGCGUGGAGAGUAAUACGAGUGGGGCGAGGGAUGAGACCAAUUUACUAUAUGGGGCUGCGCCGAUGGGUGCCCAGACGCCGAAUUUGGGGCAGGCCCAGGGAGAGAGUCCGUAUACGCUUGAUGACAGUGGUAGGCAGGAUUACUUUAAGGGCGUAAGGUAGGUGAGCAGUGGUGAAGGAGGGUUGAGUGUAUAUUGAGACGAAUUUCGUUUGUUUGGGCUUGAUGUGGAGGGUGGUGGAGAUGAUUUUCUUCACAGUAUUGGCAUGUAAAUGGCGUUUUUUGAAGAGUUUGGAAUGCUGGUGUGUUGCCAGCGAGUAAAAAUAUCGAGCUUUGGGCUUAGUGGGAGGUGGGCGAGGUGAUUUUAGAUACCAUUGUCAGCUACUGCAUGCUAGAUAGCACGAGCUGAUUUGAAUGCUC